AGUCGUUUUUCAUAGUUUGUGGUGUUCGGAACAAGCCGAAAAAAAACAGCAAGUGAAUUUAAGUGAUAAAGUGAAGCAAAAAAAAUAAAAAUUGAGAGGCUUUGACAAGUGCAAAGAAAUUUAAAACUUCAGCAAAAGAAAACAAGUUGCUGAAAAUUUUCAAUUAAUUAUUAAAUAAAAGAGAGACUUGCAAUCAGUGCAAUUAAUUUAUAAAUAAUAAAUUACUUAAAAUAACUGUCCCACAUUUUAAUCAAGAUAUUCUAUAAAGCAACAAUGAGCAUUCAUGGAAAGAAAAGUUUACCUUACAUUGUAAGGAAAGUUUUCGAAAUUCAGCACAAGUUGUACCAACAACAUGUUCGUAUGUGCAGUACAGGACGUCUUCAAGAAGCAUUGAAGAUUGAAGAUGAACAAGAUUUUCCAAAAAUCAAUGACUUGAAGGCACAAGCAGAAGAAACCCAAUAUUAUUAUCCAGUCGGCAAAUCAUUCAAGCACGAACCAGAUGUUGGUGAGCAAUUCACUUAUUCACAAUUACGAGUGAGAUUAGCUGGUCCACAUCAAUUACAACCUAAACCAGAUGCUGAUGACCUUCAAUUUGGAAAGCUUUUCACUGAUCACAUGUUCAAAGCUGCUUAUCAUAAGCGCCUUGGAGGAUGGCAAACACCAGAAAUUUGUCCAAUGGAAAAUCUAGUUAUUCAUCCAGCUGCCAAAGUCUUACAUUAUGCUGUUGAGCUGUUCGAGGGAAUGAAAGCUUUUAGAGGUGUCGAUGGAAAAAUUCGUCUCUUCAGACCCGAACUUAAUAUGGCUAGAAUGAAUGCAAGUGCUCAACGUUCUGGACUUCCAUCAUUUGAACCUGAAGAAUUUAUUAAAUGCAUAUCAAGGCUUGUCUCAAUUGAUCAAGAAUGGGUCCCUCAUACAGAGUCUGCCAGUUUAUACAUUCGUCCUACCCUUAUCGGAAUUGAACCAACUCUUGGUGUUGCAUCUUCAGAUUCAGCACUUUUGUAUGCAAUUCUUAGUCCCGUUGGAGGCUAUUUUGCUGGAAAACAAACUGGUGGAGUUUCAUUAUUAGCAGAUCCACGUUUCACAAGAUCUUGGCCCGGUGGUGUUGGUGAUAAGAAGAUGGGAUCUAAUUAUGCUGGUACAAUUCAUGUACAGAAAGAAGCUACAAAGCAAGGAUUCCAACAAGUGUUAUGGCUUUAUGGUGAUGAUCAUCAAGUCACAGAAGUCGGUACAAUGAAUGUAUUUGUAUUCAUGAUCAAUGAACAUGGAGAACGUGAACUUAUCACACCGCCAUUAAAUGGUCUCAUUUUACCUGGAAUUGUUCGUCAUUCAAUUCUUGGACUCGCCCGUCAAGAGAAUCAAUUCAAAGUCACAGAACGUAAAAUUACAAUGCAUGAGCUUAAGAAAGCAAUUUACGAAAACAGAGUUUUAGAAAUGUUUGGAGCUGGAACAGCAUGUGUGGUGUCACCAAUUGAAAGAAUUUUUUACAUGGGUGAGAAUUUGUUGAUUCCAACAAUGGAAAACAGUGAUUCAGUAUGGAUCCAAAUGCGCAAUACCCUUUUGGAUAUUCAAUAUGGACGAGUAAAGCAUCCAUGGGCAAUAGAAAUUGAUUAAUGACCUCAUGCGAAUAAUUUAAUUUCUACUGAAUAUGUGUAAAAAAAUAUAAUUGCCAAAAUAGGAUUAAGGAAUUUUUUUUUUACGGAUGGAUAUAAACAUGUAAAGUAUAACAUGCUAUAUCCUGCAAUCGAAUCACUACACGGAUGAGAUGAGAGCAAGACUUUUUCAAUUAAUUUUUUAAAGUACAAAAAUGUUCAAUUGAAUUAAAAUUAUGAUGAAAAAAUCUAAUCAUGCCUUCCUUCCGAUCACUAACUCGAAAUGAAAAACGAAUGGGAAAAUUUUCUAAUAAUCUAUCUCAAAAAUUUUGUGCGUAUGAUUUCAUAUCGGGAUAGUCAAAGAUGUGAGCUGUGCUAUCGGGUAUGAACUCUACAUGAUUUUGGAGCACUAGAAAACUGCCUAAAGAUUUUUCUGAAAAUGCUAUAAAUUCCUAUGGAUAAAAUAACAUUUGUCAUUGCCGUACAUACUUCUGAAAGUAUACAACAUUAAUAUUACAAUUAUUUUUGGACUAGCUGUAAGGCACUUUAUUUUAUUUUACUCACUUUGGAUAGCUUUUAACGACUAUAAAUAAAUUAAAAGACGCAUAUAAGGAAAUAAGUCAAGGAUUAUUGGAGAAAAUUAUGAAUCCAAUAAUGAUGUAUGCAGCUUUGCAAAAGCAUUGCAUUCUCGUACAGUUUGUGGCUGAGUUGUUUAUCAGUAACGGGAAGUAACUGAUAUCCAGCAAAAUAAUGAAUAAUUGUCAAGUAAUUCCAAAUAUUUGCAAUAACAAGACGAUAGAAACCUUGUCACGUGAUAAUUGUGAUAAGCAGAUGACCAUUUAUGCUGUACAGACUAUAUUAAAUGCCUGGCAAGUUGCUGAACGAUAAGAGACUUUUAUUUAUAAAAAAAAUCAAUAAAUUUACAUAUUAAGAAAAAUAUUUAUUUUGGAUGGACGAAAAGGAAUGUAUCACAUGCAUUUAAUGAAUUGGCGACAAAAUUUCUCUGUAAAAAAUUAAAAUGUUCGCACUUUUCUAAAAAAUUUGAAUUUUUGUAUUAAGGUAUUUUUUGUGACUAGCUGAAAAUUGUGUUUAGGUC